CGUCCUCGGUCUCCGCUACUGCUGCUCCAAGUACAGUAUUACCCAGUGCUUUUAGUUCUGACAGUCCGACCACCGGACACGACAGUCAUGGCUCCGUCCGCCAUGGGAUCGCCCAUCGCGCCGUUCCUGGACCUGUCGAUGAAGUCGCAGUCCCCGACGGUGACCGGAGUUCGGCGCGGCCUCGACCUGCUGGGCGACGGCAAGUCCCCCGUGACGCUGGACCCGCCCACGGAGCAGCAACUGCUGCCCUUCGAGAGCAUGUUCCAGUUCGAGCGCAUCAAGCGGCCGCUGGGCUUCGGUCACCUGCUGCUGCUGCUGUACGCGCCGUUCGGGCUGCUUCUGCUGCUACUGCGAGGCCUCUGCUGCUUCCUGGUGGCUCUCAUCCUGCCGCGAGUGUGCUCCGAGGAUCAGAUCGACCGCUGGCGGCUGGCUCGCGUCUUCGUGUGGCUCACGGGCACCCGCGUGAAGCUCCUAGACAAGGAGCUCUUCGACAGGGCGGCGGAGAUCAUCGUGUCCAACCACAUCAGCGAGUUCGACGCCGUCGCGAUGCUCGACGUCACGCCCGCGUACAUUUUGGGCUACGACUUCUACAAGAAGAUGCUGUUCUUCAAGCUGCUCGGGGACAAGGCGGGGCUCGUGUACGUGCCCUACGUGUCCAGGCAGCAGGGCAACGCAGCGGGUCGAGAUGCAGUGAGGCAGAUCAUCAUUGAACGACUCGCAAGGGGCAACAAACCGCUGGCUGCGUUUCCAGAGGGUGGACUGACGAACGGGAGGAAGGGAUUGUUGCAGUAUCACAAGUUCCUCUUCUCGCUCGAGAAGACCGUGCAGCCUCUUGCGAUCCGGGCGUCGGACGGACCGUUUGUAAGGAACUAUGGUUUGUCGUGUUAUGUUGCUGAGGUUAUCCGCUGA